UGAACUUCGGACGUAUGUCACAUGCGGGCUAUGUACAGACACUGUUAUUGGUUACAGAUUUUGUUUUCACUCACACGUCUGUUUAUGCGCACGCAUAAACGAGUUUGCUGUAGUAUACGGUAGCCCGUAUAUUAAAACCCAGAGAAACAAAGUUAUUUCAAUCGGCUUCUUCCGGGGACUCGACGACACGUUUGUGAAGAAGUACAUAGGCUAAGUACAGGCCACUUCACAUUUCUUUAUAAAGUGGAGUAUAAUAUAUUUUAUAACAACAAUGUGGCACCACAAAACGCUUAUUUAAUGUUGGCAGACGCAAAGUGUAUCUACCAGGUGGAAGGGUUACCCUUUAUGGGGUACCACACCAACAGAUUCGGAAACGACGUUAUGGAGAACAAAUCUGUGUCGGCUAAUCAGUCAGUCCUCGAAGCUCUCCAACUCUUUGAUACGGCUUACAACAAUAUACCAUGGAAUUGGGAGUACAUCGCAUUGGCCGUAUAUCUAACAUUGUUUGCGAUUGUGGGCACGGUGGGGAAUAUACCCAUUCUUAUUGUUUAUUUCCAUCGGAACGACCACACCACGGCCAAUACCUUUAUAAAAGUGUUGGCGAUCAUCGACCUUUUGGUAUGCUCGCUAAUCAUGCCUUACACCAUGGUGUACGAACUUCACAUGGUCAGAAAUGACGUCAUAUGUCGUACAUUUGAAUUUCUACGUCAUAUUGUGAUAUGUGCAUCUAACAUAACGCUUGUUGCUAUAGCAGUUGAAAGGUACAUUGCAGUUUGUCGACUUACCCUUCGAAUGUCAGUCCAGAAUGUCAACAGGGGAAUGGUAUUCAUUGCAUUGUGUAGCAUGUUAUUUGCGGCGCCAUCUUUAGGAAUAUUUGCCGUUGUGUCGGAUGCUGAAGUUCAUGACGUCAAUUGUGCAUACGACCAUACAGUCACUCGCGGGACAUUCUGCCAUUUCACUUACGCCAUUAUUGGUGAGACACUUGUCACGAUAUACCAAGGUGCACUUAUGAUAGUAUUUUUGCUCACUCUCAUAUUAAUUGUCGUGCUAUAUGUAAUUGUAUAUACAGUUCUUUGGAGAAAAACCCAACUCCGAAAACGAAUGACGGGGAUUCCAAAGGAAUUUUCUUUGACUUCAGAAGCCAGUCAGUCCUAUGGUGACACACAAAAGAAUAAGAUAGACUGGGAAUAUUCUAAGAUUCACAUUCCUGAUGAAGGAACUGCAGUGAUAACGAGUUCCCCUUCGCCUGAACAUGAAGUGACUUCCGAUAUUGUUACGUCAUUGGCACAGAAAACAAAGCAAAACACAACCACAAAUACCUAUAAAUUCCAUGACGUUUUCAAGCGGGUUAGACCAAGUUGUAAGGACACCGGAGAAAAAGUCCGGAGACGGAACCAUAGAAAAACUGCAAAAAUGCUAUUUCUUUGUACUGUGAUAUAUCUAAUAACGUGGCUCCCUUUCUGGCUAGACAUUUUUGGAAUUACAAGGAACAUCGUCUUAAGAUAUCUGUUUUUCAUUGGCAAUGCAACUAACCCCAUCGUGUACGGAAUUGUGAACGGUCAAGUACGAAAAUCACUGAAAAAAUUAGCUUCUGAAAUAGUACAGAAAUGUACUAUAAAACGGGGGCCUAAGUAAAGGUCACUAAAAUUAAACUCGGCUAUUCCAUCCAUGUGUUUAAUCGAACGCUGAUUAAACUUCCAGUGGAUUUAUCAUAUAUGUGUGCUAAGCAGAUCAUUAGAGAUUAACACGUGGGAGAGAUAUUAUCAAUAACGUGACAGUUGCUGAUGUAAAGGUGAUGUUCUAUUGUGUUUCAGUUGUAUGAUUCGUAAUAUGCUUAAAUAUUGAAUUCUUAAUUUGUUACCUAUUUAUUUUCGUACCAUAAAGACAGUGCUUGAACUUGAACAUUUUUGUGACAAAAACGAAAAAAUGAAUAAUGACAAUGAAAGCAUCUAUUGUUAUUGUUAGUGUCUUGUUGUUGUAUUACCGAACGCUGUUUCACACAUUCAAUCAAAUGCUGAACGUCUUUCGGAUAAAUAAGUUCCAUUAGGAGCUAUGGGACAGAUGCAACAUUAAUAUUUUGUUUAUGGUAUGUGUUGUCACAAUUAUUUUUGCAUAAAAUAUUUUGCUAUUGA